AUGGCCGGAGCAAUUGAAAACGCACGUAAAGAGCUCAGAAAGCUAUCAUUGGAUGAUGCUGAAGAGUCAUCGUAUGGCCAGAUCUACUCUGUUUCUGGCCCCGUUGUCGUUGCAGAGAACAUGAUUGGUUGUGCCAUGUACGAAUUGGUUAAAGUGGGUCAUCAGAAUUUGGUUGGUGAGGUCAUUAGAAUCACUGCUGAUAAGGCCACCAUUCAGGUUUAUGAAGAGACUGCAGGUGUUACCGUUGGUGACCCUGUUACGAGGACUGGUAAACCUUUAUCUGUUGAACUAGGCCCUGGUUUGAUGGAAACCAUUUAUGAUGGUAUUCAGAGACCUUUGAAAGCCAUCAGGGAUAUAUCACAAUCAAUCUAUAUUCCAAGGGGUAUUGACGCUCCUGCCUUGUCCAGAACGACUCAGUAUGAGUUUAAACCGGGCGAAAUCAAGGUCGGCGACCAUGUUACUGGUGGUGAUAUUCUUGGUGUUGCGUUUGAGAAUUCUUUGAUGUCCGAUCACAAGAUUUUACUUCCCCCACGUGGACGUGGUACCGUGGUCAGCAUUGCUGAGCCUGGCUCUUACACGAUCGACGAGCCUAUCAUGGAGGUUGAGUACGAUGAUGUCGUCAGAAAAUAUACUAUGAUGCACACAUGGCCGGUCAGAGUGCCAAGACCUGUUGCUCAGAAGCUUUCUGCCGAUUACCCAUUAUUGACAGGUCAGAGAGUCUUGGACGCAUUGUUUCCGGAUGUCCAAGGUGGUACCACAUGUAUUCCUGGUGCCUUUGGUUGCGGUAAGACUGUCAUUUCCCAGUCGUUGUCCAAGUAUUCCAAUUCUGAUGUCAUUAUCUACGUUGGUUGUGGCGAACGUGGUAACGAGAUGGCAGAGGUGUUGAUGGAAUUCCCUGAAUUGUACACUACCGUCAAGGGCAAGAAGGAACCAAUCAUGAAGCGUACUACAUUAGUGGCCAACACUUCCAACAUGCCCGUCGCUGCUAGAGAGGCUUCUAUUUACACUGGUAUUACAUUGGCCGAGUACUUCAGAGACCAAGGUAGAGAUGUUUCCAUGAUUGCCGAUUCUUCUUCUAGAUGGGCCGAAGCAUUAAGAGAAAUUUCCGGUCGGUUGGGAGAAAUGCCCGCUGAUCAAGGUUUCCCUGCAUAUUUGGGUGCCAAGUUGGCCUCAUUUUAUGAGAGAGCUGGUAAGUGUAUUCCUUUGGGUUCUCCAGAUAGACAAGGUUCUGUUUCUAUCGUUGCCGCCGUGUCUCCAGCUGGUGGUGACUUUUCUGAUCCAGUUACUACUGCCACGUUGGGUAUUACACAAGUGUUCUGGGGUUUGGAUAAGAAGUUGGCUCAGAGGAAGCACUUCCCCUCGAUUAAUACCUCGAUUUCUUACUCCAAGUACACCACCGUUUUGAACAAAUACUACGAUUCUAACUAUCCGGAGUUCCCGGUCUUAAGAAACAAAAUCAAGGAGAUUCUAUCCAACGCCGAAGAAUUAGAACAGGUUGUUCAAUUAGUCGGUAAAUCUGCUUUAUCUGAUUCCGAUAAAAUUAUCUUGGACGUGUCUACAUUGAUUAAGGAGGACUUUUUACAACAGAACGGUUACUCAUCUUACGAUGCAUUCUGCCCCAUUUGGAAGACCUAUGACAUGAUGAGAGCUUUUGUUUUAUACUAUGAAGAGGCCCAAAAGGCUGUCUCUAGUGGAGCUCAAUGGUCAAAGUUGGCCGAGGCCACCUCUGACGUUAAGCACAACGUGUCGUCCGCCAAAUUUGCGGAGCCAAGUCUUGGGGAGGAAAAGGUACGUGCACAGUUAGAGAAGAUGAUUCAAAAUAUUUCGGAAAGGUUCCAGGAAGCAUCCGAGUGA